GCACGAUUGCGAGGGAAAGCACGAUCAAGUUGGACAUUUCGGACUCGGCUGAUAUUAUUUAAAUAUACAUACACUAAAUAGGAAUAUAUUAAACAAAGAACUUUAUUUAAUCAAGAAACUAGAAAUAGUUUUUAAACAUCAUGGAGGUUGAUGAAAAUAACGCAACGGUUUCAACUGAUACACCGAUGGAAGUUGACGAUGAUACUUCUGGAAAAAGCAACAUCACAUCAAUAAAUCCAUCUAGUGCUAUCAAAGUGAUGGCAUCUUCGGGUACAGUCGGUUCUGUUUCUAUUAGUCUUCAUCCUCUUGUCAUAAUGAAUGUCAGCGAACACUGGACCAGGCUACGUGCUCAAGAAGGCACAGAUCAACUAGUGUACGGAGCACUUAUUGGUAAACAGAAAGGACGCAAUAUAGAAAUUAUGAAUUCUUUUGAAUUAAUGUUUACAUGUAUUAAGGAUGAUGUCAUCAUCGAUAGAGAUUAUUACAAUACCAAGGAAGAACAAUUUAAACAAGUCUUUAGCGAAAUGGAUUUUCUUGGCUGGUAUACUACAGGCGAUAUGCCCAAUGAGAAAGAUAUUACAGUACAUAAACAACUUUGUGAAAUUAAUGAAAGUCCUGUGUUAUUGAAGCUUGAUCCAAGACCAAAAAAUACUGAUCAACUCUCUGUCUCCAUGUAUGAAUCUGUGAUUGAUUUAGUAAAUGGGGAAGCCACAAUGUUGUUUGUCCCGUUGACUUAUACAUUAGCAACAGAGGAGGCAGAAAGAAUUGGUGUGGAUCAUGUAGCAAGAAUGUGUAGUAAUGAUCAAGGAGAAAGUUCAUUGGUUGCAGAACAUCUCACUGCACAACAUAGUGCUAUAAAAAUGUUACAUUCAAGAGUGAAAUUAGUUUUAAAAUAUGUACAAGCUGUACAAAACGGUGAAUUAAAAGGGAACCAUGAAGUUUUAAGAGCAGCCUGUUCUUUGGGACACAGAUUGCCAGUUUUAAACAAUCCCAAAUUUAAAGCUGAUUUUUAUAAUCAAUGCAAUGACUUUGGUCUGAUGACGUAUCUUGGUAUUAUAACAAAAGGUUGUAACAAUAUCAAUCAGUUUGUUAACAAAUUCAAUAUUUUGUACGAUAGACAAGGUGUAGGUCGUCGUUUACGAAGUCUUUUCUUGUGAUAAGCAAAUAUUCGUUGUUUUUUAUACUUGUAUCUUUUUUACUCUAUAAAUUAUAAUGAAUACUCCUGGAAUCUGUGAGACUCAAUACAGUAAAUAUAUAUAUAUAUUAAAUAAAUCGAAUGUUGUAGUAGAUAUUGUACCCCUUAAAAAUAAACAUAAAAGUAAAAUAAA